GGUUUGGCCACUGCAACGUUAGCAGACUAUUCGUCGACCCCUGUAAUCGUCUUCCUCAGACAGAGGAAGUGGAAGGGUCACGCUGCCGUCUUGACGUGAAAAGAAACACUCUCCUGCUUCUCUCAGUGCUAAAAGAUGAGUGCCAGCAAAGUAUUGGAGAAAACACUGGAUGAAAUCCUUUCUGCAAUUAAACCGUCACGGGAGGACCAGAUAGCUCGAAACCAAAUUAUUGCCGAGCUGCAGACUGUUGUUCGAUCUAUGGAUAUUUUUCGAGGUGCGAUCGUGGAGCCAUUUGGAUCGUUUGUCUCUGGUCUUUUCACAAGAUGGGGGGACUUGGAUAUCUCCAUUGAGUUACCCAACGGUUCGUACAUCUCCUCUACCGCAACAGAACAGAAACAGCUCAUGUUGUCAUUUCUGCAGUCAAGACUAAUAGGUCGAUAUCAAAGGCUCCAAUUCAUCUGCACUGCUAGAGUUCCAAUAGUGAAGUUUGAGAGCAGAAGCAUUUCCUGUGAUGUUUCAAUUGACAAUCUAUCGGGCCAGAUGAAGUCCAAGCUCUUGUUAUGGAUCAAAGGCAUAGACGAACACUUUGGCGAUAUGGUCUUAUUGGUUAAAGAAUGGGCCAAGGCUCAGGAAAUCAACAAUUCAACGUCUGGGAGCUUCAACUCAUAUAGUCUCACUUUACUGGUCAUUUUUCAUUUUCAGACUUGUGUGCCUGCAAUUUUACCUCCUCUAAAGGAUAUAUAUCCGGGAGAUAUAGCUAGCGAUCUCAAAGGUGUAAGAGCUGAUGUAGUCCAGAGAAUUACAGAAACUUGCACUGCUAACAUAGCCAGGUGGAAAUCCAACAGAUACAGGCUGGUUAACCAAAGCUCCUUGUCUGAGCUUCUAGUUUCCUUCUUUUCUAAGUUCGGCCUCUGCGCAAAUUUCAUCCCCUUCGAUGAAAGGGGCUGCCGUGAAGCAGACACCGUAGUGGACAAAGUCUUUGGUGUAAAUGAGAGGACCUCAGCUACAGGAAACCUGCAUAGAAGAAAGAGAUACGUAGAAAUGAGGAGGAGUACGUACUUAGCAGAAGAUAUCAAAUUGGUCACCGUUCACAGAGAGAGAAAGGAUAAUGCUUGCAACACAACAGUCGACAAAGCAGCAUCUACAGUACACAGCUCCGACUCUUCACACAAAGCACACGCACACAAAGACGCAGGACGAGAGACAGAUGUUGAUGAACAGACAAAAUCAUGCAGAGAGGAUGAUAUUCAUGAGAGCCCAUUCAUGGAGAGAUCAGGAGAUUCACGAGAAAACGCUGGUGGCACACAGAGACGCAAAGAAGCACACCUGUUAUGGGAAGCGAAAGGACGAGGGCACGAAAGUUUUUCACAAGCCUUUAGUGCCCUCGUCCUUUGGCCUUCACUCGCAGAAAUUACAGAGCUGGAGUUACCAGAGCUCUUGAUCUUUCGAGCAGCUGGUCACUAG